CUGAUUUGAGGAAGGAAAUUUUCUCUUCCUCCCCAAGGGCUCUUAAAAAUCUUCCCAUUAGGUUUGACUUAAUUUACCUCAGUGGUAUUUGGAUUUCCUUUUCCUUAUGGAUGUGAUAGUUCAAGGCACGUGAAUGUUGUGAGGAAUUGAUCAGCCCUCCAAAUGUACAGUGGCCUUUGCUGUUGUCUUUGUCUAAAUAUGUAGAGUAGCGGAAGUAUGCAGUGUAAGGUUUGCAAGCGGUAAAUGAGGUCACUUCUUAUAUCACCUGAUCCAUGAAAGCAAACAAAGUCUUGAAAUCUUAAUUUCUUGGGCCUAACAAUGAUCUGAUACCUGUACAAACAUAUCCCCUUUCUUGUUUUGCUUAUGGAUAGGAGCCAAAGCAAAAGAUACAGAGGAGAUUUGGGGCUUAGAAACAUGGACUGCGCGGCGUCAGAGUUUCCAUCAGAGGAAAGCACGGUUGAGCUGUUUCAAUUCUUCUCUAUUCCCUGCCAGCAAGACAGCAGCAACCCUAAGCAAGAUGAACAGAAUUUGAUCCUUGUCUCCAAGAAGAGUGAUUGUAGCCGGGGCAAGCGUAAAGCAGCUACUGCUUUUGGUGUUGAGGAUGGGAACGCUCCUGAUAGUAAAGGGAAGAAAAUCAUUCAUAGAGACAUCGAACGACAAAGAAGGCAAGAAAUGACUACUCUGUAUUCGACUCUUCGGUUGCUGCUUCCUCUUGAAUAUCUCAAGGGAAAGAGGUCUAUAUCGGAUCACAUGCACGAGGCUGUGAAGUACAUCAAACAUUUGCAGAACAGGAUCACGGAGUUAAGUGACAAGAGGGAGGAGCUGAAAAGAUCAUCCAAUUUGCAUACACCGAGCUCUAUGCCGGAAAGCUCACCAGAUUGUUCUGAGGACAGUGUAGUAGUUAGAGGUUGUAUGGUAGGAGUGGAGAUUGCCAUAAACACAGGCUUGAGACCAGGCCUUCCUCUUUCAAAUGUGCUUGACGUUAUAGUUGCAGAGGGCCUAAGUGUUGUUAACUGCAUAUCAACUAAAGUAAAUGAAAGGUUGUUGCACACUAUUGUGUUGGAGGUGAAUGAUGGAAGAAGCAUAGAGCUGUCAGAGCUGCAACAGAAAUUAACAAAACUGAUAAUUCGUCCUCCAGGUUAAUUAGAUUUUUAAACCUGCUGUUAACUGGUUAAUUUGCUUGCGGCAAUUUCUUCCUGUUGUGAAAGAUUCGAUGCUUUGUAGCUAGGAUGAAGUUCCUAAUUUUGUAACCUAAGGUUGGUCGUGGAAAUGGUUGAUUAAUCUUCUUCAUCAGCUAGCCUUGGUUUUUCAGCUACAUCAAUAAAUACACAAGCAAAUUUGUUGGAUCAUCAAUUGCUUGUUAAUGUUUA